GUUGACAAACAGCUUGAACGUUUUCAAAUUGAAAAUUCCUUUCAUGCACCUUGUCUAUUGUCUGCUUGCCGUCAUGCUGCUCACCGUGUACAGCCUUUUCCAAUUCAUAUCAAUUGCAGGGUUCGGACAGACACCCUCCGAUCUCUCGACCUAUAGGAUGUAUAGGUAUAUCCUCGACGCAUCGGCCACGCAACUGCAUGUCCAGAGCCUUCAUAACACGUUGUCUUUACGACUCUAUAUCACCCGUCUCCCACAAUAGCAACAUCAGUCCACAACCGAGGAUCACCCGAGUUCGGAUACCCUAAAUUAAGGUGAGUCGUUGGUCUCCGACAUUUUCGGUUCGGCGUCAUCGCUAAAACAGGUGUCU